GUAUGUAAAACGGUGUUUUGGUUAUUAAAUCAACAUGGACCCUUCAGUCAGCGGGAACGAUCAGCUUUACGACACCCGCGUACGCUUUACGCCACCACUCACACGGAAGUCUCGUUUCCACGGAGACGCCUGGAGGCGCCGAAGGCUGCUCGAUACGAUUUCAUGGCGGUUCAUAAGCCGAUCCUGGAGCUGAAGGAUGUUCCUCCCCCUCCUCUUCACAGCACUGCCCCACCACAGCCCCUCCCAUUGCCCCACCCAUGUCUCCGCCCUUUGCAAGAUCUGCAGCCAGGCAGCCUCAAAGUAAGCGUGUGUUCCCGGUGUGAAGCCGCCGUCCAUCAGCAGCAGGACUCCAGCAGCGGCACGGGUGGAGGGUUUCCUCGCUAUCUCUCUCACUCACAAUCAAACACUCGCACCGCCCCUCACCCCUUGUCUCUCGCUCCACCGCAGGGCACUGGUACUCUGCUGCAGACGCCCGGGAGCUUCGAGCAGCCCUCUGCGGUGCCCUGCUGCCACGUACACUGCUGCACUGCAGCUCCGAGACCGCUGCACGUCUGUCCUUCCCUGUCUAAAGUUCCGGGCGUCUGUUGCUGUUGCCGUGACCCCAGAGGGCAGCAGCACCCAUUUUCACUCGGUGACCCACCCACACACCACAUGUUCCAUGCCGGUGUCGAACGCGCUCUGCUUUGUACAAAGGGUGCUCAGGGUUUUCACGACUGCUGGAGAAAGAAUGUUAAUAUAGAGUCUGGGAAGGUUUGGCCGAACAUUCCACCGCCCGUUCCUGUGCCAAUGUGUAACGGCUGUGGCGUAGCAGGAACGCCUGAGGCCCCGCUGGGUGCCCACCUCAACAAACCCACCCAGAAAUAUGGUGCCCCAGAGAGCUGCGGUCAGGAAGCGCUUCCUCCAGUUGGAGUUUUCUGGGACAUCGAGAACUGCGCGGUUCCCAGCGGACGGUCUGCGGCGACUGUGGUGCAGAGACUACGGGAGCGUUUCUUUCACGGGCAUCGCGAGGCCGAGUUCAUCUGUGUAUGUGACAUCAACAAAGAGAACAAAGCCGUCAUCCAGGAGCUAAACAACUGCCAGGUGACAGUCGCUCACAUUAACGCUACGGCCAAAAACGCAGCGGAUGACAAACUGCGACAGAGUCUGCGGCGGUUUGCCGAAACACACACGGCCCCCGCCACCGUCAUCGUUGUCUCUUCUGAUGUGAACUUUGCCAGCGAGCUGAGUGACCUGCGGCAUCGGCAUGGCUUCCAGGUGAUUCUGGUUCACAAGAGUCAGGCCUCCUCCGCUCUGCUGCAGCACGCCCACCUGUGCGUUCUCUUCGAGGAGUUCGUAUCGGACCUUCCGCCUGGCUUGGUUGUGAAAUCUCAGCCGCGGCAGCUUCUUGGGCACCAGUCAGCCCCUCCGUUUGAACUGCAACGACACCAUCAGACAUCCCAGAGUGCUGUUUGUGUCUCUGCUCCUCAGCCCAGUUUCAGCCUUCUGUUUGUGCAUCACCUCCCCGCUCAUCGUGAUGCCAAAGCUGUCACCAACCGCCUGCAGCGGCUGUCCAAUAACUGCGGCGGAAAAGUGCUGGGCGUGUCCGGCGGCUGCGCCGUGCUGCGGUUUGCCAGCGCCGAUGCUGCCGAGCGUGCCCGCAAGCGCAUGGACAACGAAGACGUCCUAGGCCACCGCAUCACGGUGUCAUUCUCCCCUGGCGGGCCCGGGGAGGAGGUGUGCCGCCCUAUCGCCUCGUCCUCCUCAUCAGUCUUCCUUCCUGUGGAGAAGCCGCGGUUGCCCCGUCGGCAGCGCCGGGCACCACGGCAGGGGGGCCGUGUCCCGGACCGCCUGUCGAGCCCCGGGAAAGCAGGCCACGCCUCCUCGUGCAGCCCUGUGAUGAAACCCCUCCCCCAGGCGAUGUGUGGUGUGGUCCGACCUGCGUCCGCCUCGCCUCAGACUCACAGCCUUCCGUCUGCGCCCGGCAAACCCUCGGACCUGCUUCAGCGCUCCCGGAGGCGAGAUUCUCCCGGUCAGUCGUUUCAAGUCAGCACUCCUUCAGCGUUCAGUAAACUCAGUUUGCACCGUAGCUUCAGUCCCGCGCUUCUCUCUCAGAGCUCGUGGUCGUCUCGGAGUGUUUCCCCGUGCCUGUCCAAUCGCUCGUCUCCGCUCAGUGGUCCGUCCUCUAGCAGCUGCGGCGAGGGCCCGUCCGAGCCGUUCUCUGAUGGGGCCGAUGUGCAGGUCACCAACCUGGACUACAGAAUGUCUCGCAAAGACCUGCAGCACAUACUGCGAGACGCCUUCGCUAAACAUGGCAGAGUGAAGAGCGUGGAUCUCAGUCCACACACUGACUAUCAGCUGAAGGCGUGUGUACACAUGAGUUCGCUGCAGCAGGCCAUCGGCGCCGUCAGUCUUCUCCAUCGCUACAAAAUUGGUAGCAAGAGGAUUCAUGUGUCGCUCGUCACCGGAGUCAAUAACAAACCGCUCACCUGCCUGAGCUCGCAGAUCACCAGUGUCCUGCAGGACGCACCUGCCAAGUGCCUCCCGCUCUACAAACUCACUGAGACCUUUGAGAGAAAGUUUGGUCGUAAGCUGGCGGUGAGUGAUUUAUACCGUCUGCCGGAGCUGUUGUGCGUGCGGGAGCAGGCUGGCGGGCGACUCGUCUGUCUACUGUCCAGCACGCACGCUCGACAGAGUCCGUUAGGAUCGGCACACUCUCACGACGGAUCCAACAACACCAGUCCGGUUCAGUUUGAGGAGCUGGAGUACCACGAGCCCGUCUGCAAACAACACUGGACUCAACAGGACUUCAGUGAAUCUGACUUUGAUCCUGACUCCUACAACAUCCCGUUUGUUCAGUUGUCUCUGAAAGUUCUGGCUGCUCAUGUGCACACUUUACUGCAGACUCAUGAGGGGACUAUACCACUGCUCAGUUUCCCAGAAUGCUAUGCAGCAGAGUUCAGUCCUCUGACUGUUGUGGAGGAGGGGAAGGUGGAUGGCAGUGUCCCAUUGGAGCAUCUCAUCACAUGCAUCCCUGGAGUCACCAUAGUAACGGCUCAGAACGGCUUUAAAAUCAUCAAAUGGAUUCAUAACAAACCCCCCCCACCCAAUGCAGAUCCAUGGCUACAGCAGCGCAGUAAGAGUCCGGUUGGGAAUCCUCAGCUGAUUCAGUUCAGUAGAGAGAUGGUGGAUCUGAUGAAGAAUCAGCCGGCCUGUUUGAUGCCCAUCACUAAGUUCAUUCCAGUGUAUCAUCAUCAUUUUGCCAAGCAGUGUCGAGUGUCCGACUAUGGUUACGCAAAACUUCUAGAGCUGCUUGAGGCCGUUCCUCACGUGCUGCAGAUCCUGGGUUUGGGCUCCAAACGCUUGUUGACGUUGACACAUCGUGCUCAGGUCAAACGCUUAACUCAGGAUCUGCUGAAGUUGUUGAAGUUUCAGGCCAGUAAGCAGGUGCUGAUCAGCGACUUCUCUCAGGCCUAUCAUUGGUGUUUCUCCAGGAACUGGCAGGUGGUGGAUUACGGCAUGUGCGAUCUGAUGGACCUGCUGGCCGAGAUCCCAGACACCACCAUCACCAUCUCUCCGCAGGAGUCCGACACGCUCAUCUCUGUACCCAAGAGAGAGCGCACGGCAGAAGAAGUGGAACGUACGCGGCAGUUCGGAAAGGAGGUGGUAGAUCUUCUGAGACAUCAGCCUCACUUCCGCAUGGCCUUCAGCAAAUUCAUCCCCACCUAUCACCACCACUUCGGUCGUCAGUGCAAGCUGUCCUACUACGGCUUCACCAAACUCAUGGAGCUCUUCGAGGCAAUUCCAGAUGUUCUGACGGUGUUGGAGUGCGGGGAGGAGAGGCUGCUGACCCUGACAGAGAUGGAGCGUGUCAAAGCGUUAGCCGCUCAGCUGGUGAAGUUACUUCGAGCUCAGAGAGACUCGGCACUACCUGUCAGUCAGCUGCUGAGUGAGUACAGUAAGACGUUUGGAUACGCUCUCCGCCUGCAGGACUAUGAUGCCAGCACUCUGCCUGAACUGCUCAACAAACUCUGCCAUGUGGUGAAGCUAGCAGAUGAUCACCACGGGAAAGAGGUUCAGCUGAUUAACAGGAAGUCACUGCGUGCCUUGACGUCGCAGCUGCUGGCACUGAUGAUGUCACUUCCUGAGGAACGCGAUUAUCUCGGGGUAGAGGAGCUGAGCAAGAGGUACGAGCUCAUUUACGAUGCUCCGCUAAACCCCUGCGAGUAUGGCUUCAUCUCCCUUAGCGAGCUGCUGAAGAGUCUUCCUUACCUGCUGCAGCUGUCUGAGGAUGAGGACGGUGACGGCGGAGAGCGUGUGAGGUUGACCAGACUUUAUCAAUUUGCCCGUAGCGUUCGUGAGCUGCUGCACACUUACCAUUAUAAUCAGAUCUUCCUGUCUGAGUUCUGGGGGGCGUUCUGUAAAUACACCGGCAGAGAGUUCAAUCCUCAGACCUACGGCUACAAGACUCUAGACGAACUGCUGGCUGCCAUACCGCAGGUGAUCUGGAUCAAAGGUCACGGGCAUAAAAAGAUCAUCGUUCUGAAGAAUGACAUGAAAGCUCGUGGUAGUCCUGUGCUUACUGGAGAGAAGAAUCCCUCUCCUGAGGAGAAGAACCGAGCUGCCGACAGUCCGACCACCAGUGAAAUGGAGCUACUGUGUUUGGGUCCCACUUCUCCUGUGGAUCUGUUGUGCGGUCCUGUUCCGUCAUGUCUUCCGUCUCCUCAGCUGCGCCCCGACCUGGUGCAGUUGCAGCUUGUGGAUCUCAUCCUCUUUGAGACCCAUUUACACAGUCACUCCGAACAAGAGCCGGUUUACGAUCGUCAGCCGCAGUCGAUCAGAGAUCAUUAUGAACUGCCGGAGUCCCAAACAUCGUCCACGGACAGUCCCGGUCGCAGAGCGGCACGCAACAAAGUCAAACUGGCAGCUAAUUUCUCAUUCACAGCCGCCCGGCCAGUCUAAAGCUUCUGCACGCCGCCACAUACAUGAGAAAAAGUGUGCAGUGAUUAACAUGGCACUGCUGUCCCUCGAGCUGUACUCGUGUGUUAAAGAAGAGGGUUAAAAGAGUUUUCAUGAGUAAAUGUUCUGUUGUCAGACUUUGAGUUAGCUGGAAUUAUGUUCUCUCUGGAAACUCAUGGCUGCUCCUCCUGAUGUUUGAGGUUUCUUCAUCACCCUUGAGCUUCUCUGUUUUACGGAGACAUUAUUUGUUGCGUGCGGCACAUGGGCGUUAUGUUGAUGAAGGUGGUCUUCAGGUCUGAUGUUUGUAGGCGUCUUUAGAUGAUCGGGUCUCGCAUGUUCUUGUUUUUUUUUUACUCUGAACAGGAGGCUUUUUUAAUCUGAUCAUACGUGAUAGUUCCUCUGUUCACUGGAAGCGGUCUGAAAUCCAUUAAGUUCUGAAUCAUGUUUUUUGAAUCUCAAACAGGAAUGUUUCAUUUAAAAGGUCUGGGCUGGAUAUUAGAGGAUGUCCACACUUAAAGUCUGAAAGGUUGAGUUCUUUUUUGCGGGGUAUCGUCCACACGCAGUUAAAACCUUUUGAGAAGUCCAGCAGUCUGAAGAGUGACUUCGGCAGCAAGUUUUCCAGAUGUUUCUCAGUGCCAGAAGUUGCGUUAACAGUUCUAUGCAGGUUGUGCAUAAACCCAUGUUUGACAAGCGUGCGUUUAUUCUUUUUUGUGUUAUCUGGAAGUAUGGUAUGGAUUCAGCCGAGCUGCCCCUCUUCCAAGGUUUUUCUCUCUAACCUUGAGUUUGUCUCUUUUUUUUUGAUCGUUGUUCUUGAUGUCUACAAACUGCCGAUCAUGUUAGACCCGUGGUGACUCUCUGAGGUUCUGUUUACCUGAGCCAAGCUUUACAAUAGCUUGUAUUAGUCUUGGCGGCGCGACUGAGAGACGUCAGCGUUAAAUGUGCGUUUGGACCCAAAGAACUGCAUACGUCAUGAGCAAACGCUUAGAGAAACAAACGUCUGAACGCAAAAGAGUUGGUCACAUCAUUCUGAGCAAGUGCUGUUGAAGAGGUUGAGGGUUUUAUUGGCUCCAGAUGAUAACCUUUCAGUUUAAAAGUUUUUGUAUGGUACCAAUUAACUCGGGUGAAGGAAGUUUGUCUUUAGACGAUGAAGUGUUGUUUUUCUAUGCAUGUUUGCAUAACUCUUACCUCUCGUGGUGUUGGACGGAUGUUAGAUUUGUUUACAGAACAUUCAUCAGGUGUUGAAACCACGGCAGAAAUGUGAUGUGUGUCACUAGAUCUGUGCAUCUAGCCAUUUUUGUUCUUGUGUGUGUUUUGUUUCUCCAUUUAUCAACAGUUUUACAGUCUUUGUGUCUGUAAUUCUCUUAAGCGGCCCUUACACGACCCCAAUGAGUUCAGAUGAAACCUGAUUUACACUUUGGUUGAAUUUCCAUUUAUGUGAAAAUGAAAUGAAGUCAAGCGAUCAAGACCAUGGAGGUCUUGGUUUAUGGUUUUAGUCUCCACUAUAUAAUCCUUUUAGGACUUUUAUGUUUGUGGAAUGACCAAAUGAUUUCUGUUAUAUGUAAUAAAUAUCACGAGCAUCA